AUGUGUGUAUCAGUGGUAUCGUCCAGGAAUUCUGGAAAUGAUCUAUAUUUGCAACAAGUUUGUCAAGUCUCCCCCCCCCCCAAUAUACUACUAUCCUGGGUACCAGAGCCUCUCGUGAUAGAAGUGAGCCUCACUCGUGUUUAAAACUUAUUAGAAGAGGUGUGGAAAGCUAUAUCUUUCAAGUUACAUAAAAAAUAUUUGCUUGUUAGUAUAACUAAUUUAAACAAGGUUGGGUUUUGUUAGGUCUCUUGGUUUUGUUAGAUCUCUUGGUUUUGUUAAAUCUCGUGGGUUUUGUUAGAUCUCGUGGGUUUGGUAGAUUUCGUGGGUUUUGUUAGAUCUCGUGGGUUUUGUUAGAUCUCGUGGGUUUUGUUAGGUCUCGUGGGUUUUGUUAGAUCUCGUGGGUUUUGUUAGGUCUCGCAGGUUUUGUUAGAUUUCGUGGGUUUUGUUAGAUUUCGUGGGUUUUGUUAGGUCUCGUGGGUUUUGUUAGAUCUCGUGGGUUUUGUUAGAUCUCGUGGGUUUUGUUAGAUCUCGUGGGUUUUGUUAGAUCUCGUGGGUUUUGUUAGAUCUCGUGGGUUUUGUUAGAUUUCGUGGGUUUUGUUAGAUCUCGUAGGUUUUGUUAGGUCUCUUGGGUUUUGUUAGAUCUCGUAGGUUUUGUUAGGUCUCUUGGGUUUUGUUAGGUCUCUUGGGUUUUGUUAGGUCUCUUGGGUUUUGUUAGGUCUCUUGGGUUUUGUUAGGUCUCUUGGGUUUUGUUAGGUCUCUGGUUUUUUGGUCUCUUGGGUUAUGUUGGGCAUUUUGGUGUUGUUAAGCUUUUUGUACGAGGGGUUUGUUGGGAUAUUGCGUUUGAGUUUUUGCUUUUUCUUUCCCUCUGUCCUUGGUGUUUGUUUUUCCUUCAUUACGUUCUUCAUUUUUCCCUUUUCCUGUUUUAUAAAAUCCAGUGGCGAAUGCUAUGCAAAUUUUUAAUGAUUUGCAUUAUCACCUUUAGAAAUGUAUUGUCUUCGACCUAUUUAGAAGCAGGUUUAUUAGCAUAGCAUGACCAGUUGCCAUGGCUAGCUUUGCCACUGAUGUAAUCUUAUAAAAAGUACAGGCUUUAAUAUAUAAUAAUUAAUAAAACAUCAUGUUAAUUUACUUUAGCUUUGCAAAACAAUGUUGAGGUAUUCAACAUUACUUCGGCAAUGAACUCAUAAAAUGGGUCGUUUAAACUUUUUAAAACCGUCGUAGUCCUCGGCUGUCGCCUCGUGUUUUAUAUCUGAUAAAGCACUCUUGCUCCUGUUUUGAAUAGGACGGACUUAUCCAUUUACCAUUUUUUAAACCACUUUAGGUUGAUGGUUUAGAGUUUGAAGGUUUAGAUGCUGAUGAGGAUACAAGGUAAGCUUCACCUCUCAUUGUAGUUGGCUUUUGUAUAGAUGAAAAUUUCGAGUGUGAAUAUACGCUUACUAGACCUAACCAGGAGCAGUUGCGAGAAAUGCAACUAUAUAUAUAGACCCUCUGGUAGGAAUCAAACCUGCGGCCUAGCCUCCUCCGCAGGAAUCGAACCUGCAGCCUAGCCUCCUCCGCAGGAAUGGAACCUGCAGCCUAGCCUCCUCCGCAGGAAUCGAACCUGCGGCCUAGCCUCCUCCGCAGGAAUCGAACCUGCAGCCUAGCCUCCUCCGCAGGAAUCGAACCUGCGGCCCUGUGAUUCCGGUGCAGCGCCGCGAUUCAUCUGUCGUGUAUGUAUUCAUGUUGAAUCUGUAAUGCACAGUGCUUGUUACAAUUUUGAGAACUGAAGUACGUCGAGACCGUUGCAAUGAUAUAGGAUAUGAUUAUUAUCUCUGCUGUGAUCUUUUUCACCUGAAUUGCAUGAUCAAUACUGAAAAAUUACCUUUUGUCGUCCCUAGGCUUCUCCUUAGGCAACGCUGUGACAAAGGGCGAAAUUACGUAUAUUAUCUGCAAUCCCAUAAUUCCUUGGUACCAUGCACCCACUUGCUCUACCAAAUAUUGCGUAAUAUAUACACUUAAUGUCUGCUCCCGAGGGAAAUCGUUUUGUUUUUUCCGAGAGUUUUAAUCGAGGGGACUGCGUUUUGUCAAGUAAAAAAACAGGCUACAUUUCAUGAAUAAAGCUCUUUAAUGUAUAUUAUUUUAACAAUAAAAUAACCUGCCCAAGCCAAAAAUUGUUUCAGCAGCAUUCCCUGUUGUGUAUUUUUCUUCUCUGUCAGACACUGUAAUCUUUUCGUAAACCGGAAAACGUUCUUUCCAAACUUUUAAUGUUGUUGCGCCGGAGGGCUGGACCCGGAGUUUUGGCCUAUUUUGCUGGAGCCGGAGUUUUUUUCAACUCCGGCAAAACUCCCGCAGCACUUAUUUGUCCUGCAAACUAAUGUCAGACAUCGGCGAAAAAACCUGAAUUUUCACGAAUUUGCUGGAGCUGGAAAUUUUCUGCAUCCAUUUUUCCCGGAGCCGGAGUUUUUUUGGCCCGAGCUUGAGCCGGAGGUGAAAAAACCGAGGUUUGCUCAGCACUACAAAUUUUGGCUCCAUUUUGAACAUUUAUUUCACGUAGCCGAUAUAUUACGUAGCCCGCCGGGCAACAAUUUUUCGCUUGUUUCCCGGCGGGAUACAUUGCAUUUAUCUAAAUCCACGUGACCACAAAUUAGCCAAUCAAAUUUAGUUUGGGCAUGGCUAUGUAACAAUUCUACUUAUUGUCACAGGGCUGCCUGCAACGAAGUCAUCUCCUAUAAGAUUACAAACUACAAAACAGCGAGAGAAAACUAUAGUGUGUAAAAUAUGCUAGGAAUGCAAGAAAAACUGGGUGGUGGGAAGCGUUUUAUUGCAGAAUUUGGAUCAGCAUUGCUAUAACUGAAGAUUUAAAAACUUUUCUUCUCCCCUUGUUUCAGUUUUCGUGAAUUUUUUUUUUCAUUCUAUUUCCUGCUGUGUUUAGUGAAUAUCGAAGUAAUAUUAUCAUGAAAAUUUCCUCAGUUCUUGGUCUGAGGUCGAAGAAAAGUAGACAGGAAGUUUCGUUUGAAGGAAAACAUAGGUGGGUACAUGCAUGCUUGUUGUUCUUUUGUAUGUUUAUAGCUUUCCUUAGAAAUGGCUGAUUUUUGUAACGGUUAAAGAAAAAGACCAAGUCGGUGUAGAGAAAAAAGAAUGAAUUUUUACGAGUAUGAUAUUAAAUUGUCUUUGACGAUCGUCAUCAUUUCUCCUCAAGGGAAGUCAGGCCUACUUGUCGCAACAUUCCAUCUACUAUCUGACAUUCCAUUGUCUUCUAUCCCUGUCUUUAGCACAAUCUAUCCAUCGUUUCUGCGGUCUACCACGUGGUCGUUUACCAUCUUCCGUUCUUCACAUUGCCCAAUCGAGUGAUAUACUGUGGCUCUCGUCUACUAACGUGCCCAAACCAUCUUACGCCCGUAUUCUAAAAGCUCACUCACACUCAAUGAGUGGAAGUUCAAUUUGAGCUUCUCUUGAGUGUCAAUGCUGUUUUUGAAUAGCUGGAGGGUGAGUAGUGCUGUCACACAGUAAGGUACGACACUAACCCUCCAGCUUUUCAAAAACAGCAAUGACACUCGAGAGAAGCUCAGAUUGAACUUCCACUCAUUGAGUGUGAGUGAGCUUUUAGAAUACGAGCGUCUCCCAGCCGACGUACUUUUGACUUUUUUCUCUUCUUUUAGGAAGUUUAAUGUUUCGUUCGUUUUCCACAUGCAUGUAUUUGAAUUUCCCGAAUCACAUCAGUUGUGGUUCACAGGCAACAAUGGACCAUUUGCAUUAUAGACUAAAUUUUGAUCUAGAAAAAAAUUUCAUCACAGCUUGAAAGAGCAUCACAAAAUUAGUAAUAUUCCAAAGUUUCGUUGCGAAAUGUUGUAAAAUGCGGAUAAUAUAGCCAUGCGAAGUUUGCCGUUUUUCAGUCAUUUUGUAUUACGCACGGGAAAUUGACAGCCCAAUCGGGUGUUGGGGCAUCAAUUUCCCGUUUGUAAUACAAAAUGACUGAAAAUUGCAAAGUUCGCAAGGCUAUAUUAUCCGCAUUUUACAACAUUUCGCAACGAAACUUUGGAAUAUUACUAAUUUUGUGAUGCUCUUUCAAGCUGAUGCUUUUUCUCUAGAUCAAAAUUUAGUCUAUAAUGCAAAUGGUCCAUUCUCAAUGGGUAAAAUAAAUCGUAAAGACAAUUUCGUCGGCGACUUAUGUUAUGCUGGCAGGCCGAAAUCACUUGACCGUGUAGUGAAUCAGACCUGCUUAUACUUGCUUCAUAUUAAUUUCCCUGCAGAGUUAUGAGAUUUUGAGUCAAAGUUUUCUCCUUUUUACUGAAAUAUUUAAUGAAGUCUCAGGAAGUGUAUUUGUAUGAUUUUUUAGCAUGCUUCACUUUAGCAACGCUGAUACUGGAAUUAAUGUUGUUGCUGUUAUGGAUCCAUUAUCUAACGAUGCUCAGAAAUUAACCCCAGUAUUAAUGGUAUAAUGCAUUAUUAUUAUAGUGGUUUACAAGCAACGUUAUUUUGAUCGAUUUUCCAGUCAUGGAAAAACUAUAUAUUCUUUAUUGCUAGUUGUCAGAAAAGUAGAAAACGUAAAACUGUACCCCUAAUACGGUAAGCUGCUGCGAAAACAAAUCAGUGAAAAUAGUCAAUUAACUCCUUCACCUUAACGCCACUACUACAACUAUUUUUAGGUAUUACGUCAUGUCACUGGGGUAAAUAUGAAAAUCUACAUGAACUGCAGAGAAAAGUUGUCGGAAAUGCCACUGAAAAGGUAACUAUAUCACUGGGAAAAAGUAGUGAAAUCCAUAAAUUAUAUUUGAAUCACCAAAUCUAUAGUAUUUUGAUACUAUUCCCAUACUCAUAGUAGUGACAAUUAUUGUAUGGAAAUUGGAUUACUAUAUAUUUCCAAGUAGGAUCCAUAUUAUUUCCAUAGUAGGGAUCUUGAAAAAUGAUAAAUUAUCAAUCUUUCUUUAUUUAAUAUCGAUAUACUAAUAUACUAUCAUGGUCUUUGAAUAAAGUCCUAUAAUUGGUGAAGUAUUGGCGUGAAUGACCGCUUCGGUAAAGCCAUAAAAAUCUAUUUCACGAUAUAUGGGAAAAUACCAUGAUUACAUAAUUACUAACACUGUGUGUUAUUUUUCACGCAACUAUUCCUUAAAAAGGGGCAGUGUCACGGCGCUGAUUGGCUAAAAUAAACGGCGCAAAGAAACGUUUAAAAUUUUUGGAAUGAUUGGAAAAGCUGCAGCAGCCUUCAAUGUUUAAAACAAAGCAAGGAUGUCCUGCAUAACGGAGGGAUUAUAAAUAGUAUAUCGUAUUUCACUCCUAACUUGAUUAAUUGUUGGCAGACAGUUUUUCAAGUUCGCGCAUAUUUUGGAUGCGCAGUAGUACCGUGACACUGCUCCUUUAAUUGUCGAGCAAUCUUACUCUGAGUGUAUAUCCACACCGGGCAAGCUUGAAAAAUAUGCCUGGCCACGGUGGGAAUCGAACCUACGACCUUUGGAAUACUAGCCCAAUGCUCUGCCAACUGAGCUAGAGUAACAUCACAAUCAUCAUGUUCACCUGAGUACAUAACACCAACACAGAAAAAAUAUUAUAUUUUAGGUUUUACCGUUAUGUACUAGUACCAAGCUUACAGUUCAAUGAAGAUGGACAACUAGCCAGUGGUCCUCAAGCUGUAUUCAGAGACAUACCUGAAACACCGUUGUUAACUAUGAAUUUAGAUAUACCUCAAGCAUGGAUGGUUGAAGCUGUCAAAUCUCCUUAUGAUUUAGAUAAUAUUUAUCUCAAAGAGGUGAGAAUGCUGUUAAGUUUUAUGGUCUAGUCUGUCCAGGAUUCGAAAUAACCGCCUGUCUCGCUGUCGAUUCCAGGCGAUCUUUACAAACGAAAGGCGUAAACAUUGUUUACCUUGUUCCUGCAACAUGAUGAGCAAGCACCUAAACAAAUAUCUUAUUAAUACGGAGUAUGUAAUUUCGAACUGUGAAUGGAGGGAUCAAUAACCAGUUCCUUUAAUUUUAAUUCAACACUUGGAGUGCAUGGUGCAAUAAUGAUCACCUAUUUAGAACCCUGGGUGCAUGGAGAAGGCUAAUUUCAUGAAGUAGGCAAUAUUGCGUAAUACACUAUUGAUUAGCAAGCUUAAGCAAGCUACGUUUUUGACAACACGAACGUUGACCGGAAGCAAAUUUGACGUUAUCAACCAAUCAACAUUCUUGACCCAGUCUUCUGACAUUACUCAUGCCGUUCGUGUUGUCAAAAACAUCGCUUGCUUAAGUUCGCUAUUGUGUACUAUUUAAAACAUGAGCAGCAGUGUUUUAUCAGUUAUAAAGGUACGAGGCGAAGCCGACUAUCUUUAACUGAUAAAACACCGACUGCGACUGCUUCAAAACGAUCGAUCUAGUAAGUUCAUUGGCGAAGUAAUUUUCAAAAAAUACGUUGUGUAAGUCGAGAAAAUCAAAGUUAAAGUUUAUGUAAAUCAAGGGAAAUCUCUAUCACAUAUAAAGAUACGACACGCUUAUGAUUUUUCUUUGUGUUUUCGUCAUGAAUUAUUAAUGAGUUUUUGAAAAUUUAUGUACAGAACCGCAAAACAUGAAACCUCCACAUCUUCAUUUCCUUUCGUGAUGUCAUGUCUGCAGAAGUUGGGAGCCAUAAAGCUACCUCCAUAUAGGCCAUAUAGUCUAAUGUCAAAAUGUACGCUUUAAAAACUUUCAAUUAAGAAUUCUGGAGUUACAGAUCAACUCAAAACCAUGCGUAGGGUGUGGAGCUAGCUAUAUAGUAUUAUCUAAAUCGGGAGUAAUGAAUGACUAUUAACUCCAUAAGUUAUGACUAAGAUAUGAGUAAAAAAACAAAUCAGCCAAAUUCAAAGCUAUUGGGGCAGGACUUGCAUGAGUCGUACACCAGUUGGAGUUUGAUUUCAAGAUCCACUCUCGUCCCAACGCUACAAGUUUUGGUUCGCUUGGUAACCCCUAGACCCUCAUGCCUACCUCCAUUCACAGAUUGGCUGGCCCGCAAAAAUAGAAUCAACAGACAUGCGUGAUGUUAUUACGAGUUACAAAUGAAAAUAAAAGCAAGCAACCAAAUUUAAACUCACAAAGUUACUUUUGACCCGUCCAAUUCAGGUACCAAGUUAACUUUAAGUCAUUUUCCUACUUCAAUCAUUGUUUCAAUUGCAAACUCGUGAAGAUAACUCUCUGCUGUCAAUCCCAUAUGUUAGGAGAUUACUGUAAACUCCCAUGUAGUUUUUAUUUGAAGAAAUUUAAUUUGUGAAAGGUUAUGCAAGUUGUAGGGGACAUAAGUUUCUUGAUAAUACAUUAUUACCAUGCAUUUGUUAUCAUUGCCUUAUGUAUAUUACAGGUGGAACAAUCUGUGGUUGGAAAUUUUGAACUGGAGUACAUCUUGAUUGAAGGUACAUUUGGCGUGAUCUUUAUACCAUCGUGAUCUUUUUACCAUUGGAGUUGUUCACUACACACUAACACACAUCAGUACAUCACCCAAAGAAUCAUUUGACACUUGGCUAGCCAAUAGACAAGCUUGUUAAGGCAGAUUUCCAUUCAAUAAAAAUCUGCUAGUUGAGCGACAGAGACGCAGAGAAACAGGGACUUCUAGAUAAAGAAUAUCUCAUUUUGUAUGUUUACACUGCAUUGCAAUAUUUUUAAAUAUAAAGAUUUCCGUAUAAAAUUUCAGGUCAUUGUUCUGACGCCAAUACUGGUCAACCACCACGUGGUCUGCAAUUUACUCUUGGAACUAAAUCAAAUCUCGAGCAAUUUGAUACAAUUGUCAUGGCGAACUUAGUAAGUAUAGUAUAAACUAUUCAGUAACUAGCAUCUUUCAAGUUUGAGUUCACAUAUAACUACCUAGUAAAUCACACUGGUAAUGUUGGAUUCCUGGUUGACAGGGAUAUUUCCAACUGAAAGCUUCGCCUGGAUCAUGGAUACUACAACUUCGAGAAGGGCGUUCCAACGAAAUAUUUGAAAUUGAGAGGUAACCAUUUUUAGAUCUUUUGUUGUCUUUAGCAGUGUAGGAUAUAUUUGAGAUGAUGUUCUCUGAGUGUGUCCACACCGAGCAAGCUGAAAAUUUUGCUUGGAAUGGUGGUGGGAAUCGAACCCGCCACCUUUGCUUCUCUUGAUAGCAUCACAAUCAUUACACUCAUGAUCAUAAAACCCAUACUGAUCUCGAAGGAACUAGACCGAGUUUCGAAAUAUCACCUACUCGAACCGACUUAAUCUCAUAGCUCAGUUGCUAGAGCAUUGCCCAGGCCUAGAAAAUAUAUUUCUCUUCCUGGCAGCAAAAUCCAAAAAUAGAAAUUUCCUGUGUAAGUCAAAUAUAAAACUUCCUGCACAUGUGGAUUUCAGAGAACAUAUGGCGCCGCACAUUAUGAUAAACUUCAAUCUCGGCACAAGGCAAUCUCGAUUAGCAAAACGCUUUUGGAAAUUUUAAACAAUAAGUUAAUUAUAUAGCAUUCCAAUAUAUAAGAUGACAAAAAUUUCCUGCAAGGUGUUAAAAGAUUUUCUGCGAUGAUAUUUUGUUACUGUGCUGGUACUGCCGGACUAGCAAACCAAAGGUCGCGGGUUCGAUUCCCACUGCAGUCAUGCAAACAAAAUUGCCAGCUUUCCCAGUGUGGACAAAAAGUAUCAUUACAAAUACAUAUCUUCUCCUAAAUGCAUAACACCACAAUCAGUAUAGGAGUAGUAUAUGGUGUCCAAAUGCGGCUAAAACUCUUCCUGAAAAUUUAAUUUUAAUCUCUAGUUUCGAUUCCAUUUUGGAUACCACAUUUGAUAUUUCCUGUAAUUAGCACUAAUGCAUAUUUUUGCAUUUUACUAUGGUUUCAGUAUUUCACUCGGUUCGAAUUCUGAUACCACAAGUCUGAUACCAGAAAUUUAUUUCUCCUGUAAUUUUUUCUCUCAGCUUAUCUGGAUCGUCAACAGCUAAACAUGGGGCGACUGAAGUUGUUGUCGUCGACAAUUUCUUGGGAGAAUUUCUCAAAGCAAAGGUAUAAUGUGCUUAUACGGAUAUUCCUUUAUUUUACCUUUCAUUCGUUUCAAGAUUGUAGACGUUUUAUAUUAUAUUUAUAAUAUGUUUUUACAGAUAUUCUUUUUUUUUUACCAUUCGUUUCAAGGUUGUAGACGUUAUAUAUUAUAUUUAGGUGAAAAGAAAAGAUGGGAAAGAAAACGCUGACUUACUCGCUGAAGACGGCGAAAAAGGGGGCGGAGGAAUAUGGGACUCGCUUUCAAAGUAAGUCUAUUACGUCUGGAGAGGUCACUUCAUAAGUGAUCUCAAGGACAUUCUUUUUUUUUGUUUGAAAAAACACUUUUUAUUUAAAAAGGCACGCUGUGUCACUUUUUACUUCAAUGUCAUGCAGCGCCUCUCUUUUGCCCGAUACUCCCUUUUAGCGUAAGGCGGAAAACAUAUUCCCGGUUAUGUCACUUCAGUAGGUCCAACUGUAUUAAAUAUCGGUAAACUGCUCAGAUACAGAAUAUAUACAUAAUAUUUAUUUUAAAAGAAAUAUACUGCUCCGAAUAUCUUUCCCUAGUAUAAGCUGAUAAGCGUGCCCUUGUACCAACAUAUACAUUGCUCAUUACUAGUGGUUGCCAAUUAGAACAUCAUUGGUCAACGAGUUAUCGUAUUCGACUUAUCCUACCUAUCCAAAAAUAGAAUGUUUAUUCAGUUUUAAGUAUAACUGGCAUAGGUGAGAUUAGCUUGUAAACACGGCCGUGCAUCAGAAGAUGGUGGUCAAUCAGCAGUUAUCAGACUAAGAAAAUAAUGUGAAUUGUUCUCAUUAGAGAGAUGUAAUUUAAUUCACUUUCUCGUAUUAAAUAUGAAUAGUUUUGAAUUUGACCACCGUCUGGUGUCCAGUAACUGAAACCCACCAAUAUUUCUAAUAUGAAACCCACCAUUUCUUGAUCGUUCCCAGCAUGGUCAGUGGUAGUACGUCAAGCAGUUCAAGCAAUGAAACUAUCAAUAUUUUCUCUGUUGCUUCUGGUCAUCUAUACGAGAGAUUCUUGAGGUAAGUGAAAAAAGUAUGAGUAUGUUUUUAGUAUUGUGAUUAUUCCUGCACUUUAAAUAAAAUAGCUGAAAACGACCACUCGAUUUGUGGUGAAAACUAUAUACGCUUUCGAGCAUUGUAUGUGUAGUCUCGUUGUAUUUUAACACUUCGCAACAUGGCAAAAUUUCAAUGUAUUCGUAUCAUAAUCACUAUUUUAUUGCCAUCUUCAGAAUCAUGAUGUUAACUGUGAUGAAGAACACUAAAAGUCCCGUGAAGUUUUGGUUUUUAAAGAACUAUCUAUCUCCCACUUUCCAGGUACAGAUGUUAACAUAUUUCCAUAAAAAUCCUUCAAUAUUAGUUCAAUCGACUGAGAUGCCCAAAGUCCUGAUAUUUGCACAUACACCUUACUAUGACGUCAUCUUAGUAUUUAUACAUGAACUUGCGGUUAGAGCUCGGUUGGUAGAGCGCUGCACCGGAAUCGUAGGACCGCAGGUUUCGAUUCCUGCCACAGGGCUUAUAGUUUUUCCCAGCUGUUCCUAAAUAAAAAUAAAAUGUAUAAAAAUUUACACUCGAAAUUGCCAUCUACACAGAACCCUUCAAAAAAUGUAACACAUCAUGUCACGGGAAGUGUUUGCCGAAGAAUGUGUUGAAAAAAGGGCGCAGUUUUUAACAUACUCUGAAGUGUUCCAAAAUCACCAUAAGGGCUCGUGUACACUUGCAAUUUUUGCUGCGAUUUUAGGUUCGAUUUUCUUCUGACGGAUGUGAACGAGUGGAUAAGUUAUGAAUAUUCAGUUCAGACAAAGAUUAGAUACUAUAAAGAUGUGUCACUCUGCGAAAAUUAUGUCCGAGAUUUUUUUAUAGCCGCCAUUUUGCCAGUAAGUGUCAAAUUCGUCAAAAUUCGUCAUAUAGCGCGAGCAUCGCGAUGGCAACCUAUUGUAUUCAGUCUCGCCGCCAUUUUGGCAGUAAGUGUUAUGCACUCGUCAUCUCGCGUGAUCACUCGUGAUCAGCACGGAAAAUUACGGACACGCAAACAUUAGGGAAAUACGUCGAGUGACACAUCUUUAUAGUAUCUAAUCUUUGGUUCAGAUGAGGGUACAUGUACUCCGAACAUUCGUAACUCACCUACUCGUUCACAUCCAUCAGAAGACGAAAAUCGCACUAGAAAUCGCAGCAAAAAUUGCAAGUGUAAACGGGCCUUGACACAUGCACGACUUUGAUUUAGCGUCUGAAAUAAAUAAAGUAUCUAAAGAGAAUGCGAAAUUAAAUUGUGGACGUUUAUUGCCGUGAUAUGAAGAAAAUGGUGCUGAUUUCCGUGUUUAACAUCUCCUUGUUCACAGGCUUUCGUACCCCAUAUGGCCAAGGAAUACGGAUGUGAAUAUGAAUUUGUUCAGUAUAAAUGGCCUGGCUGGCUGCACCAUCAAACUGAAAAACAGAGAAUUAUUUGGGGGUACGUUAUUACUUUGUUUCAUGCUGGCGCGGAUACUUAGUGCUGAUGCGAAUUUAGAUGGCCAACGUAUUCCCACCGUUGUGUUGCUGCAAAUCCUUUUUUAUUCAAAAUUAUUGAAAUUUUCUUUAUGAAAUGAUUAUGGUAUAAAAACCAUAGCUACUUACUGUAAAACUUGCCAUAAAAGAACCGAUAGGUAAGCAGCCAAAAUACAAGAACCACUUCAGGAUCACAAGACUGGUUCUUAAAAAAAUGUUGAAUGCAUGUUCUAAGGGCAGGUAUAGGCUGGUAUUCAGAUGUAUAUGCUUGAUUUAAUAACAUUCCAAAAACAUAAUCUGCAAUGAAGAAAUUCAGUGGCUUUUAAAUGGCAAUUGUUAGUGUAAUACUGGUCAACAGGAACAACUGUUUGACUAGCAAUAAGAACCAGUUAAGAAACAAAUCAGCCUGGUUUCUCACAUAAGGACUACUUCAGCCUGACAUGAAAAUAUAUAGUCAGUGGCUCUUUUAUGCGGGGUUUUGCUGUAGUUAAACAGGUAUCUUUCAGGGACAUUAAAUAUUGGGGGGGGGGGGGAGCUUCCCUUAAACCACCGCCUGUUGUUCAAAGAUAUGUAUUUGCCUGCGAUGUUUGGUGGAGUCAAACAGGAUAUAACCUAAUUUUUCACAUCGUAUUAUGACUGUACUUACAAAGAUACACAUGUACCGGGUGUCCCCCAAAAAAAUACUCCUGUUUGAUUCGUAAUAACUUCUAAACAAGUAAAGCUUUUAAAGAGAAAUAACUUGCAUUAAAUAGAGGAAGGACUAACUUAGAUUUUGAUAUAUUACACGGUUGUAUUUUACUUAAAAAUUCACGGAGAUAUUAAUUUUCAAAAUCGGGAGCAUAUUUUGGGAUGUGUCUAAAAUUAGCGAAAAUCGGCAUAUCAAAUAUUAACUCCAGCGUUUGUUUGCUUAAUGACAUAUCAGGCUAACUUGUAUUUCAGCGAAUUAUCGUUAGGGUUUGUAAGGGAUAUGGCGUAGAUUUGGACAUCUUGCAUGUAAGUUUUAUAUCUAGCUCAUUGUUUCCUGAAAUAUGAACGUUCGAAAUAUUAAUAUUAAGUAUUUAAUAUUAUAGAUCUUUAUACAAAUUUAAAAGUACAUGAAAGACUAACCAUGGAAGGCAGGCGUUUAAAUUUUUCUUAAAUUAAAUAGCCUAAUUUUUUUAUGUUUUUAAUGGGUUCAAAAAGACUGAGUUGAUUAUUUCUCGGUUAGAGCAGGAUGAAUAUUAUUCUUUAUUGAAGGAAAUAAUAUUGCUUUUUGCAAAAACACAUCACAGUAUCAACGCUACUAUUUUGUUACAUUUUGUUCCAAAAAUGUUGCAUGUCUCUGGGGAGUUGCUUAAUUGUUAUGUCUUAUGGAGUUAUAUGGUUUGAUUGUGUUUCAUAUAAUUCUCAGUUUACUCUGAACUUGCCAAGAUUAAGAAAAGGCAAAAGAGUUUGGGUGUUCUUAACAAGAUUUCAGAACGUUGCAGAAGUUAGAAGAGCUUCACAAUUCCAUUGUGACAACAUGCCCUAAUUCAGAGCUAUACGAACGAUCCAUGACUAUCCUUCGCGAUGCAGUGGUCUCAUGAAAUAAGGAAACGAAUUCGUGCUAGGAACACACGCGAAUUUCGGACGAAUAAAUCUUGCUUGUAUUUUGUAGAUAUAAUAAUACUUUGUUUCAUAAUAAGCGAUUUGUCAAGUGUCAUUUAUUUACUGGUAAUAGUUCCUGUUUCAGUCGGGCAAAUCUUGAUUAAUAUUUGAUACGCCGUUUUUUCCAUAUUUCAGACACAUCCAGAAAUAUGCUCCCGAUUUUAAAGAUUAAUGUCUCCGUGAAUUUUUAAGUGAAAUACAACUGUUAUAUAUCAAAAUCUAAGUUAGUCCUUUCUCUAUUUGAUGCAAGUUAUUUCGCUUUAAAAGCUUUACUUGUUUAGAAGUUGUUACGAAUCAAACAGGAGUACUUUUUUUGGGGACACCCGGUAUACACAUAAUAUCUUUAUAUAUGAUAACUUUUUUGAAAUUUUUCAAAGUUGUCGAUUUUUUAGUUGAAAGAUCUAUCAUAAAACAACUCAAAAACAACAUUAAUAUUGUCAUUUGAAAUCGUUAAAAUGGUGAAAAUAGGUUGACUAGAAUAAAUAUUUCACAUGUGUUUGAAUGUGAGCGAUCAGUCAGUUCACGUGUAUAUCAUGUGCAUGAUGUUUAUAUUCUAUUUCUGUAGCUACAAAAUCCUGUUUCUUGACGUCCUCUUUCCACUUAGUCUCAAGAAGAUAAUUUUUGUCGAUGCAGAUUUGGUUAGUGUUCUUUAUUAUAACUACGAUUUUCUGUUAAUAGAAUCUUCCAAUGUGAAGGUCGUGUACAAUGUUGUCGUAUUUGCCAUAAAACUCACCAAGUGGUAAUAGUUAUGUCGCGGUCAAAACGUUCGACCCUCUCCCAUUGGCUUGAUAAUUUCUUCCAUUUCUCUAUGUAAAUUAUAAAAUAUAACAUAAUUUAUAAAACAAGUGAUUCAUUCAACUAUUUAAGAAGGAUUGCAACGCAGUUUACUAACCAUUAUUAAACAAAUCUUGCCAGUUAUUGCGAAGAUAUUUAUGAGUAAAUGACAUUACCAGGAGUCCAGGACAUAUAUAUUUUUCAAGAACGAGUCAAGUAUCGAGAAAUAGAAAACCUCAUGGGAGCGAGGAUUCAGUUAAACACAAUUAGCUUUUUUUUUUAUAAUGACAGUGGUACAUAAUAUCUCGAGCAAAAACCCUACGCCAGAUAUUACUACACAGAAAAGGUCUACCUCCUCCACAGGCCGUAAUGAUUCCCUAAUCACGUAAGGCAGAGUAUGCCCGUUUGCAGGUUAGAAAUUGAAAUUUGAAACUUCGAUGGCCUGCGGAGUAGGUAUGGAAAAGGAAUUGCUCGUAACGCCUAUGUAUUAUUAAGUUGUAACAGCUGAAAGAUACCCUAGCUAAGAAAUUUCACGUUUGAAUUUUUCCAAGAUUGUACGUGCUGAUCUUAAAGAACUCAUGGAUAUGGACUUAGAGAGAGCUGCGUAUGCAUAUACACCGUUCUGUGACAGUAGAAAAGAAAUGGAUGGGUUCAGGUAUGCUUGCUUACUCCAUGGCUGGUAAAAUAUAGCUCACUUCGAGACCAGAAGCGAUGCAUCUACUAUAUAUAACCUUUAUUUGGUUAACCUCUUGCCUCCAUUAAGCUCCCCUUUCUGAUCCAACAGCCAGGUCAAGGUAAUUGUGAUACGUUUACACAACAGCAUGAACCAAUGCCACUGUGAGCGCCUUGCGAGCUGGGCCUGGGGACGAGGAAUGUACGUUUACACUGUUAACAUUUCCACAAAGACUUGGCUUAGGUCGGGCCUAUAGGGCCAACGGUUGCAGUAGACCCAUAUUUUCUGGUUUACACUACCAAAAUAUAGACCUAUGCUCAGGGCAGGCCAAAGCUUUCAUUGUAAACACGGGUUAUCAAGCUCUCAAUUAUUGAACUCCCUCAAGGAUUCUCUGAAAAUUACACUAAAGAUCUCGACGUAUUCUAGAUGUUGAAGUUAUUUGGCAGGGAUGUUUUGGAGAUCAUUGCUUAGAAUGUUGAUCGUCUGUCUGUUUUUAUUCAUGUGUCUCUGAGAAUGAUUUUAUGUUGUUUAACGAAAUAAUACAAAGCUUUCUGCUACCCCUCCUCCCCGUCCAAGCGUAGUGAUAUAAGCCAGGUGAUAAGCCAAGAUUCGUAGCAGUUGUGUGUCGAAAAACUCGCAACAUCACCACAAGAGUCUUAUUUAUCACCACAACUCGAGUAUCCGUUAAGCAAUUUAAAAGAAACCAGGCCUAUAAAAUAAGCCCCAGGCUAGUAAAUGAAAGAAAUACGUUAUUGCUGAGUUAUGACAGGCAAAAAAUGCAUUGUUGAAGUGAGAGAGACAGUUCGAUGAUCGCACUCAUUAGCUACUCCCAAUUUGCUAACUUUUCCAAAUGCAAAUUCUAUUGGUUAAUAAUGCAGUAGUAAUACGUCAAUUAUUUAUACUUUAUUUAUGUUUUUUUGUGUUAAAUUCUGUAGAUUUUGGAAGCAGGGUUACUGGAGAAACCACUUGGGACAUAGACCUUAUCACAUCAGGUACAUAUUGGGGGGUCUGAAUGUGGAUCUGUCAACUACACACGUAAAAAUGCAAACUUUGUAACAAAUCUGCAAUAGACCAAUACUGUUUCAAGACCUUGUUAUCAGGAUGUGUUCGCACUGCUUGUUCCCAACGGUUUGUUGACAAGGUUUUUGACUCGACAGACUUGUUACAUGUCAUUCCAACAACAUGUAUGUGAUCGUCCUGCAAUUCAACAAUAUGUUAACAAGUUGUGAGUGACAACCUUGUAGCAACUUGAUAUAAUGGUAACAUUGUUAACAAGCUUGCGACAAGCCUGUUGCAAGCACAUCUUGUUAUCAAAUAUUUAACAGUUAUUCUACGAACUCGAGUCGAAUAUGAGCUGAUAGCCGAUGAGGCGCGUAGCGGCGAAUCGGCUAUCGCUCAUAUUCGACGAGAGUGAGUGGAAUAACUGUUUUAUUAUAUACGCAAGGUCUGAAUUCACAGACUUUGCUUUUCGAAUAUUUUCAAUAUUUUUCUAUUUUGUUUAUGUUUUUAUCUUCGCUCUUUCGGUCGAUUAUUUCUUCAAAAAUAUAUAUUUUUAACCAUUUUAAAUUUUAAAAAUUCAUUUGCUAACCUGUAAACAAUUUCUGCGAGUUUUUUCAUUGUGUUUUUAAUCCUGUAAAGGCUAUAAAAAGCGAACAACUUGCCGUUUUCUCGUUCGCAAAAAUCGGAAAUUCAGUUUGAGCCGCCAUUUUGUUUUUCUCUGCUAGUAGGAUAUGAGCUAAUAUCCUGCUAGUAGAGAACCAAUCAGAUUGCAGAAUACCUCAUAUCCAGACCUUGUGUAUGUAAUAAAAUCUGAUAAACUGUCAGUUAGGUAUUUUGUAAGAUGUCUGUUGUAAAGCUAUUUCAUCGUUUGCUAGUAAUCUGUAAGGGUAUUUUGUCGGUUGGCAGUCCAAAAUACGGGCAAAUAUAGGUAGUGUUGUUAACCCUAUUCAGACAUGAUAUUACCAAGUGUCUUCAAAUUACUUUUUAGUGCCCUUUACGUGAUUGAUCUUAAACGAUUCAGAAGAUUGGCUGCUGGAGAUCGUCUUCGUGGGCAGUAUCAGGUUGGGACAAGCAAACAAUGAAUGUUUCUCGCCUGACACAUCACACAUGAGGAGCCUCGUACCCAGGCGCUUUGGUGUAUAACGUCAUCAGGGUCUUAUAGCCAGAAUAUGUUAUCAAAAUUCACGGAGCAGAUGUUAGGAAACGUAUUCGUGGUAUUUUUUGUUAAAUGUUGUAUUUUCUUUAUUCAUAUGUAGGGGUUAAGUCAGGAUCCGAACAGUUUAUCAAAUCUUGAUCAGGUAUUACAUAAAUUUUCUUUUAACUUCAAGCCAAUUAGUUUACAUUGUUUGUUGUAGUCAUUGCUCCUUGGCUUCUUACAUAAACGAUUUCUCUUAUCAUAACUAUCAAUCAUAACUUUGCAUAUCAUUAUGAUGAAAUAAGUAAACCAUGCGUACAUCUCAAACAAAUAGAGCCGGUAAAACUUCAUUUUUCUAACUUUUCACUUUGGCCACUUGUCGAAGAUCAAACCAAAUAACAGUGUUACUACUGUUUACUCGUCCAAAAAUAUUGCAGAUUCGCUGCGGAUUAGAACAAGCAUACGUCAUUCUAAAUGGUUGCAACUGCAAUCUUGGACACGAGAUCAUUGCUCGAAAUAUUACAAAUUUAAUGUACAUUCAACAAGUUAAACUUCAUGAUCCCCCCCAGUCCAAUAUUGCGAACAAACCCCAAGCAUAUGAAGUCAACAUUGAGAUGAGGGCAGUGGUGGCAUAAAAAAAACACUACAUGUUGUGAGGCAAAUUUGUCAAAGGUAUACGAAUUUUGUCUAGUUGAUUCUAUAUUCUCAAUUCAGGCCUUAAAAUAUGUUUUACAGGGCCGUCUGACAAAAUGUCCGAUGACGUUGAGUUUGGGUCGGACAUAUGUCCGAUGACCUUCAGUUCAGUUUUGACUCGGAAAUAAGUGUGAAUGACACAAAUGAAUACCAGCACAAUGUAUUAAUUCUGAACGGUAAAUGUUGUGAAGAUACUAAAUAAUUUGUCUCAUUCAUACUUAUUUCCAAGCCAAAAUUGACUUGCUUGCCAGAACAGCAGUAAGACAACUUAAGCCCGUUUUCCAGUUCACCAUUUCGUUCGCACGUCGCCGCCCCGUGCUCGAUUAGCUAAGUUAAAAACAUUUUCAGUUCACUUUUUAUACAAUACUCAAUAGUCCUCUGAUUCUCCAUUUGACAUACGAGCCUUACUCCUAAUUGAUUUACGUUGGACAAAGCUACAGUUCGGUCGGACACCAAUACACUCGGGUCGGACAAACAAUAAACCUCAGUUUCACUUACGUCGGACAGAAUGUCCGGUGGCUUUCUCUGUACGUCGGACAGUUUCACGAAUGGGUCGGACAAUGUCCGUGACCGACCGAUAUUUUAAGGCCUGCUCAAUUGAUUCUUGUAAUCAGUGAGAAAUGUGCUGUAAUACCUCCUUACCUUAUCAUGAAAUGAGUCUCCUUAGUCGUUUAAUAUUUUAUUCUUUAAAUUCGUAGUUUGCAUUGGGAUGACAAAUGUGUUUUAUCGUUAAUUCUUGUUAGGAUCUUCCAAACAAUAUGAUCCAUCAAGUUCCUAUGAAAUCCCUACCACAGGAAUGGUUAUGGUGCGAGACGUGGUGUGACGAUGCUUCAAAACCUGCAGCUAAGACUAUUGAUUUGGUAAGUUCAACCAUGGAUACAGGUGCCACGGAGCGACGCUAUCUUCUUAGUCUUGUGGUGGCUAACUCUAAAUUCACAUGUCAAAAUUCAAAUGCUUUAAAAACUUUGUAUUAAGAGUUGUGGAGUUACAGGUCAUCUCCAAACCAUGUUUAGGGAGUGGAGCUCACUACAUCAUCUAAACAUAAAAUAAAUGGCUGUGAACUCGAAAAAUAGUCUAAAAAUAAGACUAAAAUACCUAUUCAACCGCAUUCAAAAGCUAUUGGGGCAGGAUCUGCCCGAGGCGCAUAUCAGUUGGAGUUUGAUUUCAAGAUCCAUUCUCGUCCCCAGGCUACUAGUUUUGAUUUGCUGGUAGUCCCUAGCAGGGGCGAAACUUGAGUGGGGUAUGGGGAGUGUGGCACCCCCCCCCCCCAAAAAAAAACAAAAAAAAAACCGAAUCAUCCCGAUUGGCAGGGCAAUCAAAUAUUUUAAAUGAUAGAAUGUAGAGUUAUUAAGUAACUUAUUACAGCUAGCAAACAAUACGCAGUUUGUACUCAUGUACAUUGGCAUCGACAGUUCAAUUAUACACGUAGCUUAGUGAUGUAUUGUAUUGGCGUCAUUGGUUUUGGCAGGACAAUUCUGCCAGACACCCCCUAAUUAAAAGGGGCUAGUUUCGCCCCUGGUCUCCAGACCGUCAAGCUUACCUCCAAUCAAAUAUUGGCUACCUCCACAAGAAUAAAAUCUACAGAUAUAAGCUGAACAGACAAAGUAUAAAACUAUGACUCGCAGUAAAACUAUCGAUAACUAACUGAUGGUGAUUUUGUAAUAACACUUGCCAUGAACUUUGUUUUUGUCCUUAUCCUAGAUUUGCCGAGUGGGACUGGAUUAAAUAUUGUGUUUGUAUCAGUUUGUGGUAGUCUUCAGCUCAUAUGACAAAACAUAAGAUUUUUAAAGUUUUUUGCUUCCUUUCAUGAGCGCUAUGUUGCAAAAUGCCGCCAGAAUUAGAAUUAGGGUGAUGUCCGUGUUGGAAAAAACGUCGCUUGCUCUUAAUCUCACCAAUGUCAAACACGAAAAAGAGGCUCUAUGGCCAAGGUUUGGAUACAUUUCAUGUACUUAUAUAAUAUUGAAACUAUGUUUAGUGUAACAAUCCAUUGACGAAGGAGCCAAAAUUAGUGAGUGCUGUUCGUAUCGUAAAAGAAUGGCCAGAUUAUGAUAAUGAAAUAAAACGACUUCAAGAACGUGUUGCUGAGAAUAAAUCACAAUCUCAAAGUUAUGAAAAAACCACUGGUAAGUAUGCAUAACAUAACUCUUAAUGCUGAUUAGCAGAGCACUCGAAAGUCAAAACCAUGGAAUUGUUAAAUAUCAGCUUAGCAAAGUUUCACUCGUGACUGUUGUCUGUAGGCAUAAGCAAGUCCCCAGUGCGUAGCUGGCGUUUUGAGCGCUAUUGUCCACGCGUGAGAUCGGUGACAUCGGCGCCGUAUAUUCAACGUGUUGAAUAAUUUUUUGCACGAGUGAACAUUUCCUCCAAGUGUGCGCGCGUGCAAAGCUAUCAGCUUACAAUUAUUUUGAAAUAAAUUCGUGAAACAUGGCCGCCGUUGUUUGCGAAGAAGAGUUUGACCCAUCCUCAUCAGACGAAGGAGAAAUAUUGCUUCUUCUUCUCUUAAUGCGACGUAGACGAGGACGUUUAAGAGCUUCGCACAGAAAAGUAUGGACGAAACGGUGGACAUCAUAAAGACGUGGAUAUUCAGGACGCAGAUCAGUGAUUUUGUCCUCCAACAUAGCAUCAGCAACAACACUUAGUACUAGUCGCCAUUUUGCAUGCGUAUUUGCCUCCUAUUCUAAGCUGAUAGCUUUGCAGGCGCGCACACUUGGAGGAAAUGUUCACUCGUGUACAAAAUUAUUCAACAUGUUGAUUAUACGGCGCCGAUGGCACGCGUGAACAAUAGCGCUCAAAACGCCACAGCACACUUGGGGAACUUGCUUACACCAACAGUCACGAAUCAAACUUUGCUAAGCUGAUAGCUCUAGUGUGCGGCGGGGCUUUAGAGUGGAAAUAUUUCACUUGAUUUCUUUUGAAUUGCGACCAUCCGAAUAAAUCAGUUCUACUUGAGUCUGACCGCUCACAAUUCAAAAGAAAUUGAGCGAAAACUUUCGACAGCGAAACUAUUCUUGCAGCUUAACAAAUAAGUUUAUAGUUUGUAACAAAAUUGAUUUGUAUACUUGUGGUGAGAAUACUUUUUGUACUAUGUAGAUUUAUAUAUUCAUUUGUCUUAUUGCCCAGCCUUCUUUUGCGUUAUACUUGCAAAUAGCUCUUUAAACUGUGUUAGGCUCAAGGGCGACAAUCUAUUCCAGAGAGUGGGGUGACAGAGCCGGCCCGUAGACCUGGAAGCAUGUGACCUCUUUGUGGUAUUUCCACAACAUUAUUUGGGGCAAAACCAGUCUUUACUGUUUCCUUGAAACAGAACUGCUGUGGGAUAGGGCGUUUUCCGAGGUUGUUAUGCUCAUUGAGAAGAUCGAUUUUUUAAAACAAUAUAAUAAUUUCAAUCGCAAAUGAUGUUAGUCCGACCGCAAUUGACGCUGGAUAACUAAUAUUAAUCAUGUAUCAUUGGGGAAAAGUGGGGGAUAAUUAGAUAUUUACCCCCACCCCAAAUAGUGGGGGGGGGGGGGAGACAUUAUCCCACAGAAUUGAAGCCCUUGUACUUAGACUCGAGUUUCCAUCAGUAUGUCUGCAAAUACAGAAAGGUUUAGAUAGGAUAGUUUAGAAUUAUUGAUGGGAAUUUGAUUAAAAUUCGCUUUAUUUUGUCAUUCGUUUUCAUAGACACCACCAGUAAAGAUGAAUUGUGAAGAAAUCCAGAGGAGACAAUCAAAUACUGCUGACUUACAACAGACUGUGCAGUGUGACAUGUAUUAUAACAGCUGAUGCAAUUUAGGUUAAAAGAUUAAACGUCGAAACCACAAAACUUCUACGUGUAAGUGCGAGAAGGAUGAUGGCUCCACUGUUUGUAAAUCAAAUUGAAGCACUCUACACUAAGAAGAGGCAUAUACAUUCCCAUUGUACUUUUCGUGCUAAGAGGCCGCGGUGUUGUGAUUUUGACUUUUGACCUGUAGAGGACAAGCUUGAUUGAAUAACUAUGAGUAAAUUACCAGUAUAUGUCCUAUGCACUCUCUUCAAAUAAUGCAUUACGUAUUUCUAGUAUCAUGAAUCUUGAGUGUCAUGUAGUUGUUGUACUUGUUAUUUGUACCUAUUGCUGUUCUUAUCAUUACAUGAACCAAUCACUAUAAACAUUUUAUAAUGUCUUCCCGAAGUAAUUGAUAGUUCAUAUUCUUCAUAAUGAUUCUAUCAGGCACGACGACUCAGUAGGAACUUCCCAACCAGCUCAGUAGAACAUACCCGACCAGUUCAGGUCGAUAUUCUAUCAGUUACUGAAUAAGUUAUCAAGUAAAACUAAUAAACCAAAACUGUACGACAGAAGGCCAGUUUAUUUAGUAAGCCAAAAAAGUUAAAUAUUUCAGGAAUAUGCCUUACAUGUCAAGUUAAAUAGCCCAGCAUGAGGGCAAUGUUUAGAUAGACUGAAGAUCUUAUUUUAGCAAAUGUAUUGUAUUCAUAUUUACUAGUCAGCAUUUUUCACAAAAUAUCAACAACGAACCUGCUGAGCCUGCUGCUGAGGUAUAUGAAAGAAAAAAAUGCUGCUUCAUUGGAUUUGUUUGUCAAAAAAUAUCAAGCUGUGUUAUUUAUACUGUGUUCACUUUUUGUAGGGAUUUUCCUUUCGAAGGAAUCUUCCUUGUAUAGGUUUAAUCUUGUUGUCUGUAAAUCAUUAUGGUAAGGUGUUUAUCAUAGUUAAAAACUGCCAUGGCUGAUCCAUGUAGUCAAAAUUUAAAAUUUCAG